AUGAGAAAUCCAAAUUAUCUUACUCUGAUAUCAAUGAAAAUUCCCAAGAAAAUUCUUUUAUGCGGCAUAAAAAAUAAACAAAAUGUUUUACCACACAAAUUGCUUGAAAAUUGACUCAUUCGAAAUAAAUUUGCCAAUGUUUAUAUGUGCCUAAGUAUUUAUCAGCUGCUGGAUUUUCCUCAAUUGCAAAGAUUUCUGAUAACUCCUCUUUCUUUAAGCCUCGACCUGCUAAAAACCGAAUUACAUAAUCUUACAUCAACCUUAAAAAAGCAAUAA